AUGAGCUCGUCAAGCCCCUAUGCUGCCGCGCAUCUCGACCCUCAGGGUGCCGGAGAUGCACGACCAACCGCCCUUCAAAUCAUACAAGAUGAAGGAGUCGAAGGCAAGCUGGCCGGCAGGGUUAUUGUCAUCACUGGAGCCACAUCAGGCAUCGGUGUCGAGACAGCUCGUGCCUUAUCGGCCACCGGGGCUACUCUGCUCCUCAUAGCCCGCAACCGAUCUAAGGCCGAGAAGAACCUCGCCGAGAUUCUGGAACCCGACCGCGUCUCGCUGAUCGACUUGGAUCUGGACUCCUUUGCGAGUAUUCGUGCCGGCGCCAAAGAGAUUCUCGCCACGUCUAAGGGUCAGGUCAACAUUCUUAUCAACGGCGCGGGUGUUAUGGGAGUCCAAAACCGCACACUCACUGAAGAUGGCAUUGAGGCGCAGUUCUCCGGAAACCAUUUAGGAUUCUUCCUCCUUUUUCAGCUUCUGAAGGAAGCUUUGUUGGCUAGCGUCACUCUAGAGCUUAAUUCGCGAGUCGUGAUCGUGUCUUCAUCUGCCCACCGAGCUGGUAUCCUUCCGAAUAGCGACAACUACAACUUCGAAAAGAGUGAAUAUGACCAUAAACUGGCAUAUAACAAUUCUAAGCUAGCAGCGGUAUAUUCCGCCAACACCAUCGAGCGGUUAUAUGGUGCCCAGGGACUACAUGCUACCAGUCUCCACCCCGGCGCUAUCAACACCGAUAUAUCCCGUAAUAUGCCUCCAGAGUUCUUAGAGGGUCUUAUGACAAACCCCUACGUUCUGAAAAUCUUGAAGUCUUCCGAGCAGGGGGCAGCUACGACAGUGUGGGCGGCUGUAGGUAAGGAGUGGGAGGCAAAGGGUGGCAGGUAUCUCGAGGACUGCAAGGAAGCAGAUCGUGGUCAGGACGAUGGCCAAGUCUUUGGCGCUGGAUGGGUGAAACAAACGUAUAAUCUCGAGGAAGAGGAUCGUCUCUGGAGGGAUUCCCUUAAGAUAGUCGGACUAGAGAGUGAAGCCUGA